AUGCAGCUGUGCUGGGUCUUUGCAGUAGUUACCUGCUGCUUCUUGUCAUUUUCCAGUGAUGCUUUCCAAAGAAUUCCACUCAAGAAAAUGCCCUCCAUACGAGAAACUCUCCAGAAGAUGGGCAUAAAAGUGGCAGACUUCUUCCCUUCCUUGAAGCAUGGGAUAUACUUUCUAAAUGAUGGUUUUUAUAAUGGAACAGCUCCUACCAUCCUCACAAACUACCUGGAUAUGCAGUAUUACGGCGAAAUCAGUAUUGGCACACCAGCUCAGAUCUUCAAAGUAGUCUUUGACACAGGGUCAGCCAAUCUUUGGGUGCCAUCCCAACAGUGUUCCCCAUUGUACAGUGCUUGUGUUUCACACAACCGCUAUGACUCUUCCAGAUCAAGUACAUAUAAGCCAAACGGAACAGAAAUUGCAAUACAAUAUGGCCAAGGAUAUGUUAAAGGUUUUCUUAGCCAAGACAUUGUCAGAGUGGCUGAUAUUCCUGUUGUUCAGUUGUUUGCAGAAGCGAUAGCACUGCCCAACAAACCUUUCAUUUAUGCCAGAUUUGAUGGGGUACUUGGUAUGGGGUAUCCCAGCCAAGCUAUUGAUGGUGUUAUCCCAGUGUUUGAUAAGAUAAUAUCUGAAAAAGUCUUGUCUGAGGAAGUUUUCUCCGUCUACUAUAGCAGAAACUCUGAGAUGAAUACUGGGGGAGAGAUUAUCCUGGGAGGCAGCGACCCAUCUUACUACACUGGGGACUUCCACUAUGUCAGCAUUAGCACACCAGGCUACUGGCACAUUGAUCUUAAAGGGGUGUCUCUGGGCAGUGAGAUGCUUUUCUGUCAUGAGGGUUGCACAGCAGCAGUAGAUACUGGGUCCUCCUUUAUUACCGGUCCAGCUAGUGCUGUGUCUAUAUUGAUGAAAUCCAUAGGAGCUACUUUGCUUGAAGAAAGAGAUUAUGUUGUUGAAUGCAAGAAAAUCCAUUUGCUGCCUGAUAUUUCCUUCCAUCUUGGAGACAGAUCCUACACUCUCAGUGGCCAUGCCUAUGUCCUCCAGUUUUCUGACUAUGGGAAAGAGCUCUGUGCUGUGGCGUUCUCGGCUUUCGACAUUCCUCCUCCUCUGGGCCCCAUCUGGGUUCUGGGUGCUACCUUCAUUGGGCAGUACUACACAGAGUUUGACCGACAGAACAACCGGAUUGGCUUCGCCAGAUCCCUUUGACACCAGGAGCCUACUGUUUUGAAAGUUGCUUUUUA